GUCAAAAAUUUCCAAAAUCACUAGUGUCAAAAAUUCUUGUUAUGGAAAAUCAGAAUCAGAAUGUGGAAAGUAAGAAAGAAAAUUCGCUGUCAAACGAGUGGAAAAAGUUAGGUCUGGAGGUGAUGCUCCUCACCGGCACCGUCUCCCAAGCCCACAAAAAGUUCAAAGGUCACAACCAACAAGGGGCAGCAAUCGGGGUCGUGGCUUGUGCUUUCGCCCAUUUGAAAAACAUGAGGUCUUGGAAAAGGGAAACUCUAGACAAGAUCCUCGCAACUGGAGAUGCCCUCUACCUGAAAAGUCGCCAAAUGGAAGGCCAGAGAUGCAAGGACCAUCUAUUGCCCCCCCACAUACACAAAUAUUUCUACCUGGGGAGCACCCAAGUCAGCAUGAAAGUCGACGAAACGUACCAACGCUUCAAAAUAUUGAACGACUCCAACAUUGCCCAGAAUUUAGUCAAACAUUUUGAGACUUUUUUUGAGAAAAAUCACCAAUUUGGAAUUUUGGUGUACCACCACCAGUAUUUGACAUUUUGGCAAUUUGGGGACUUUUUCUUCCUGUUUGACUCAACUGAGUACGACCAAGAGGCCAAUCGGUGGUCAGGACCCCCAGGUCUCGGGGUCUGCAUCCUGUUGCGACUACCCCAAAUCCCCUUAUUGGUCGCAAUGAUCCAAGUCAUCCUCCCGUUAAAAUACUCAAACACCUUGACGAUUUACCCUUGCAAAGUCGAGAAAACCGUCAAGAUUAACACCAAACCGCCGGAAACUCUUGAGGUUCAAGGGAAAAAAGUUGAGGGUCCGGUGAAGAAAGCCUUGGAGCAGUUUGGGGAACCACAGGUGGUCCAAAUCGAACCUCCAAUAGAAGAAAUUGCACCAGCGGAAGAGAUUGUGAGGAAAGUACCACCAGAAAGCUCAAUCCCUCCUCAAAAACCCCACCUGGAACCCACAACCAAGUAUCAAGAGUUAAUUGAGGGUGUUUCUGGGAUUCUUCGUGCUUCAACCCACCAAAACGACCCCAAAUUCACCAAAUACCAAGACUCCUCGAAUGCUUUAGCCGCCCUUUGCAUGUUACGCCUACACAAAUCGAAAUUUUGGAAUCGCGACAUUCUCAACCAAAUUUUGAAACUCGGAGAGUUGUUUCACACUGAAUGGUCAAAUUUCCCCACUAUUGACGAUCGACCACACAAUUUCAUCAUCGAGAAUAAGAAAUACCGACCGGUUUUGGACCAUUCAGUGCUUGGUUCUGUUGUUUCAUCUGAACCAAAUAUUCUCAGUUUGGGUGAAGCUCUCUCAAAUCAUUUUCUCGACAACGAUUGCGCCUUUUUGGCAAUUAACACGAAAAAACUUGCACUUUGGCACGAAGAUGGCAAAUUCUACAUGUUUGAACCGAAUGAAUGCGACGAGUUUGGUACUCUAGUCAAGGAUCAAAAUGGCAAAGCUUGUGUUUUGUAUUUCUCACAUUUUAGUGAGUUUUUGGCCAAAAUUUUAGCAAACUUGUCACAAAAACAACACAAUGCGUAUUUUUGUCUUUAUAAAGUUGAGGUUGACGAUGUUGAAGACACCUCAGAUGAUUGGUUUGCGUUCAAAGCACUGGCACCACAAAAAUGGAUCCUGAGAGGUACUUUUAGUCAAAAAGACCGAAGAUUUUUGGAAGAAUCCCGGAAUUCGCAAUGUGGUGCUAUGGCGGCUUUGGCUUUAGCCUUCCGGAGUUGGAUCAAAGUCGAGGAAUGGAAUUCUGACACUGUUGAUACCAUUGUGGAACAUGGAGACAAAUUCUACCAAAUUUGUGUCGAAAAUUUGAGACAAAAUGAUCAAUUCCGACACCCACAUUUAAUGAUUGCUGAAAUUUACAAGAGUUACGAUAUUGAAAAUAGACGUUUUAUGUUUGAAAUCGACGAUUGUCUAGUCUACGGUGUUGUCAAUUCAAAAACACCCGGGAUUUUGACCCUCCAACAAGGUUUAACUGAAUUUUUUCAAAAUUCUGAUGGUGGAACUGUGACUUCUAAUGACCAAUCAAUGGCUAUAUGGCGUGAAGGCGACGCCUAUUUCUACUUUGACUCACACAGUCGUGACAAAGAAGGCUUGUCGUGCCCCUUUGGAACGGCUUGUGUCCUUCGGACUUUAAAUAUAAAAGAUUUGACUCAAAUUUUUCUAUCGAAUUUGAAAGCCGAUCAUUUGAAUUUAUUUAACAUCAGUCGAAUUGAUGUCAAAAUUGUCGAAAUCACCGAUGAGGGUUUUGUCAAGCCUUCGCGGAACAACUACGACGAAUUGAACGAUUUUACGACAAUUCUUCGGUCGAAUUUCAGUCAAAAACACCAAAAAUUCGGCUUUUUGAACAUUGGGAAACAAACAGUUCCGAAUUGUUUGGCCGCUUUGGCCAUGAACAUGCUUAUACCGUCUGAAUUUUGGCGAAAGGAGGAUGUGGACCAGAUUUUGAAUUUCGGUGAUCGACUUUAUUCUUUUUCCAUGGCUGCCAACUACGUGGAAAAUGUCCCAUGUGACGAAAUCAAUACGACAACAGUCCAGAAACAAAUCGUGGUGGGGAGUAAUUUUUUCGAGUUUGAGUUUGGGGAACAUUUGAUGGGGAAUUUUGAGGAGAAUUUAAGAGACGAUUUGGGGACUUUGGAGGUUUUUGAGGCGGUUUUAGAAUCACCAUUGAUGACAGUUGCUUUGUGGCGUGAUGACAACACGUACUAUCUUUUUGAUCCUCAACCAAGAGACGAGAGAGGACAAGUGUUUGGUAAAGAUGGUUGGAGUGCCAAAAUUGAGGAAAUUGAGGCGUCUGUGACAACUGAUCAACAGUCGGUGACAACUGAGGUCACAAUUGAGGAAGCAAAUGUUGAGCAACAACCCGAAGAAAGCGUUGAGGUUCAAAUUGUGGAGGAACCAACUGAGAAUAUUGAGGAAUUGGCACAAAUGGAUGAAGGUGAGGAUGUAUUUCCUCCUCCAGUCGAGAAAAAGGACUCUCUCUAUUGGAGGAUUCAGGAGGAACAGUCGGGGAAGGCAUGUGUUUUGAGGUUUGGCCGUUUUGAGGAUCUUGUCACGCAUUUAGUGGAAAAUAUCCCACCAAAUAAGCGACAAAGUACUGAAUUUGAACUAAAAUCAGUCACCACGACUAAUACUCCCUUUAGACACGAAGUUGUCGAUUCUGAGGAGGAAGAAAUCGAUGAAAUGAUCAUCGAUUGGUACAAUUUUACCGAAAUUGAUCGUGGACGUUGGAUUAUGCGAGGUAGUCGUUCAAUGUUUGAUCGUUUGUACCCCGAAUCAAAUCGGGGGAAUCAAGAAAUACCAAUGUCGAUGAUGUCUCUAGCUUUUGUCAAUUUGUACAACAUGAAAUGGUUUGAACCUGAUUUGAUUGACAAUAUUUUGGACUACGGGGACCGACUAUUAACAGUUUUGAAACGUUUGAGGAAACAACAAUUCAAAGAGUUGCAUUUGGGCGAUGAGGAAAUCAACGAGAUUAUUUCGAAUACCUCAUUUGAUGUUGUCCAUUACCCGGUCAAAAUCUGCAUCUAUCGAAUUGCAAUUCGUUGGGGAGUGGAACUUGGCGUUACCACCGGCGAUACAACAUCCCAAAACCCCGAUGUUUUUAACCUUGAAACCGGUCUUGGGGACUUUUUCGACAAGAAACAAUUCGGUCUUUUGCAGUGUAACACUUACACAGUUGCUGUUUGGCAAAUUGAGGAUUAUUUCUACAUGUUUGAUUCACACCCAUGUGGUCCUAGUGGUGUCAAAUCACCAAUGGGGGUUUCCUGUAUUACCCGAUUUACAAACUUGGAAGAUUUAGCCUCGCUUUAUUUGAAAAACUUGCCCAAAAUUGGGGAACACUUCUUUGUUAUUCAUGGUAUGACAUUUGAGGUUACAGGGGAGUGUCCCAAAGGCUUCCCUCCCUUAGAACCAGUUGAAGGAGUUCGGAAUUUGGGUGGGUUUACUUCGAUUAUGUUGGGUAAGUGUAUUUUGCGAGGAGGGGUGAAACACAAAUGUGAGAAUUUCUCACGAGGGGUGCACAAUCAUAGUGCGACCAUUGGGGUGGUUGCGUUAGCUUUGGGCAAAAUUAGACACCCCUUGACUUGGACCAAAUUAAUAAUUGAUGAGAUUUUGAAAUAUGGGGAAGAGUUAUAUUUUGAGACUUUGGAACGUCUUGGUGAUAAAUUUGAUCCUUGGAGGGAUAUCCUUGAACUUUCUGAUACCAAUAAUGACUUCCAAAUCGGUAUUGUCAAAAUCAAUUGGACUAUACCUUCAGAUGAGCGUAUUUGGGGCAAAGUCGAUGUUAAAAAUUCCGAUAUUUUGAAUCUGAGACAAGGUUUCGAGAAAUUUUUCGAGCGUUACACUCGAGGAGUCCUCCUAGUCCAAAGAUUCAAACUGGCAGUGUGGAAGCAAUGUGACGAUGAAUUCUUCUAUAUGUUUGACCCGAAUUCACGUGGUGCCACUGGACUUCCCACUCAUGGUGGUACCGCUUGUGUUUUGCGUUUUCAUAGUACCAAAAUCGGGUCAGAUCAUGUGAUUGCGUGUUUGUCAAGUGAAGAGGUACCACUCAUCUUCCUGUUUGUGCCAAUUGAAAUGAUUACGAAAACGGUUCGAAGUCCAAAAAAACGGACUUGUAGAUUAGAAAUGAAAACUUUGAAGCCAGUCACGUGUCCAAAAUGGGCCGAUAAAGUCCUCCAGAACCAAACACUUGAACGAGCGAUUCACGAACGAGUUUUGAGGAGUCGUCAGAAGAGUUUAACGAUGUUGGCUCGUAUGGAAAUGUACCAAAUUAAUAGUCGGGAGAGUAUAGUUAGAGGGGUGCGCCCCCUGUACCCCAAUAGUGACCUCUCGGUUAAUUAUAUAGCCUUCACGUACUUCCUCACGAGUCCAGAUUUGGACUCGUGGUCUUGGUACCACAUCGAAAUGGUCCUCCAACUCGGCAAACAACUCCAUAUUGACUCAAUCGUCGCGUACAAACUCCCCGAGAAAAGAUUGAGUAUUUUUGAGGUGUUGAGGACUUUUGAGUGUGGCAAUAGAAUAAUCAAAUUGAAAGUCCAUAAACCCAUUGUGGUGUCGAAAUUGAGUAAAUUCAAUGUGGUCAAAUCACUCGAAAGUGUUUUCUUAUCGUUGGAGUGUUUCCUGUUUGUUUAUUGUGAUUGGGUGGUGACUUUGUGUCUCAAAUCAGGUUUUUACUACAUGUUUGAUCCCUACAACAGGGAUUUGAACGGGAAUAGGAUUGAGGAGGGAGGGAGUGCCGUCAUGAUGAAAUUCUCAGAUGUGGAUGCGUUAACUGAAAAAAUUGUUCAUAAUUUUGGAGGUUUUGAGGAUGAGGAGGAGGAAUUUGUGUUGUUGUUUUUGGAAAUUGGUCUAAGUCCAGUGACAAGUACCCCAAAACCCAGUCUUGCGUGAUUUUUUUUUGAAUAAAUAUUGUUUUUUGGA